ACUGUUACACAGCAGAGAAUGUACACUAAACGAAUGCUUGCCUGUAGCUUGGAAUUUUACUAUUGAUAAUCGAUAGAGCACUCUAAAUGAACUGGGUGGAAUUAUCUUGAUUAAUUCAUGGCUUUUUUCUGUAAUGAUGAGUUCCAGAUUUCAGCAGCCAAGAGGCUUUGUUCAAGGAUGGAGGCCUCUUGCCUUGAGCUAGCACUUGAAGGUGAACGUUUAUGCAAAUCUGGGGAUUUCAGAGGAGGAGUAGCCUUUUUUGAAGCAGCUGUCCAGGUUGGAACAGAAGACUUGAAAACUCUUAGUGCCAUCUAUAGUCAGUUGGGUAAUGCCUAUUUCUACCUAAAGGAGUUCUCCAAAGCCUUAGAAUAUCAUAAACACGAUCUCACCCUUGCAAGAACAAUUGGCGAUCGUAUUGGAGAAGCUAAAGCAAGUGGUAAUCUGGGAAAUACACUGAAAGUACUGGAGAGAUAUGAUGAAGCAAUCGUUUGCUGUCAGAGGCACCUUAACAUUUCUCAAGAGCUGGAGGACAAGGUUGGAGAAGCAAGAGCAUUAUAUAACAGUGGCAAUGUGUACCAUGCCAAAGGGAAGCAGCUGUCCUGGAACACAGCCCGAGACCCUGGAGAUGUGCCAAAUGAAAUGAGAGACAGUCUACAACAAGCAACAGAUUACUAUGAGAGGAAUCUUUCUCUUGUGAAGGAGCUGGGAGACAGAGCAGCUCAGGGACGUGCAUAUGGUAACCUAGGCAACACACAUUAUCUUUUGGGAAAUUUUAGUGAAGCUAUUGAAUUUCAUAAAGCGCGUCUUGCAAUAGCAAAAGAAUUUGGAGAUAAAGCUGCUGAAAGAAGAGCAUAUAGUAAUUUGGGAAAUGCACAUAUACUGUUGGGAAAGUUUGAUGUAGCAGCUGAAUAUUACAAGAAAACCUUGCAGGUAUCAAGACAGCUAAAGGACCAAGCAGUUGAAGCCCAGGCUUGUUACAGUCUUGGAAAUACAUACACUCUUCUCCAGGACUACGAAAGAGCAAUUGACUAUCAUAUAAAACACCUCUUGAUAGCUCAAGAUCUUAACGAUAGAAUUGGAGAGGGAAGAGCAUGCUGGAGCCUGGGAAAUGCCUAUGCUUCCCUAGGCAACAAUGAUAAAGCACUCCACUUUGCAAGAAAGCAUCUUGAAAUCUCACAAGAGAUUGGAGACUGGAAUGGUGAGACAACAGCCAGAGAGAAAGUUUUACAGUUAAAGUCAGCUCUUGGGAUACAUUCUAGCCAAGAUGAUGAAGACCUCUCUCCACAGUACACUGCUUAUGAAGUACAAGGUGCAAGGCCCAAGACACAACAGAGGAGCAGUAUGGACAGCUUGGACAUCUGGAAGUAUUCCUCAGAAAAGGAACAAAACGGAGAUGCCAAUCAUUUGACAAAUCUGAAGAAUGCAGGAAAAGAGUUUAUUUCUUCAUCAGUAAGAGGGAAGAACUUUCAAGACACUCUGAAUAGUUCAGGAAGGACUCCACAUAGCUACAGGACAUCAUCAGUGGAUUCCAAUGAUGUGAGAGUGCAAGUCACUCAAUCGAGCAUCACUCGUGACCCCUCCAAUGAGGAAUGUUUCUUUGACCUCCUGAGUAAAUUCCAAAGUAAUCGAAUGGAUGACCAGCGCUGUACACUUGAAGAACAAAAUGGGGCAACAGGAAAUAUGCCAACCCCAGUGUCACCGUUAGAAGACAGAAAAUCUCACUCAUCAUUAAUGGCAUCUCCACAAACAGAGGAGUUUUUUGACUUGAUAGCCAGUUCCCAAAGCAGAAGGCUAGACGAUCAACGGGCCAGUGUUGGCAACUUACCUGGUUUGAGGAUAACACAAAAUAACAUGAGUCACCUACGAUCUGAUACUGAUCCACAGGAACCAGGAGACGAGUUCUUUAACAUGCUAAUGAAAUGUCAGUCUGCCAGAAUAGAUGACCAGCGUUGUGCACCACCCGAUUCUCUUCCAAAAGGACCUACUGUGCCAGAUGAAGAUUUCUUCAGCCUCAUUCAGAGAGUGCAGGCCAAACGGAUGGAUGAGCAGCGAGUUGACCUUCCAACAAACCGAGAAGACCAACAGGAAUGAAGAUCAAAUUCCAUCUAAACAGUAUUAGAUGAUAAGAGACCCAGCACAUUGCUUUCAGUAAUCAUGAAGAAAAAGUAAAGAGUUUAGGGUGCAUUAUUUGAACACUUUGUGCAAUUUCCGUGGGAACUUGGAAAAGGGAAUAUGAGAUGACUGGAUUAAUGACUAUCUUUAAUGAGAUGCGUUGCUUUAAGGUACAGUGAAAUGUGAUCAAGAAACGUAAAAGAUUUCUGACUGACAUCCCCAGAAACAAGACAGACAAACUGUGAUAAACAUGAGAAAGGCUAAAAUAUCUUGGUGAAAAUUAUGUCUACAAACCUAGGACAUGAACUGAGCAGUUUUCCUGUAAACAGAAGGGAAAUCAAUCAGUACUCUUCUUUAAAAGAAAAAAGUAUUACCGAUAUAAAUUAAUUUUUUUUUCUUGUAAACUUUUGAAGAUUGUGUCAUAGCAACAUGUAUAUUAUGUAAGUUAUUUGGAACUGUCUUUUUUAAAAGUUAAACAAGGACAUCCAGAUUUUAGGUACGCAAUGGAC